AUGUCUGUUGCCGAUAUCGACCCCGCCCAGCGGCUCAAGGACCGCAAGCCGAUCCCGAAGCCCGUCCCGGCUUAUCUCGCCACGGCCGGAUCACCACUUACUGUCGACAAGGUGCUUUACGAGUCGGCGCAGAAGGCUCCUAGAGUUUUGGUGGAGGAGUUUACCUUGCCUAUUCGUUCCGGCAAGGCGUGGAAGGCGCCCGCUGGUUCGAUUGUGAGAAUCAGCACACCCGAAGGACCUCAAGUUGACCGUCUGUGGUCCAACUUGCCAUACAUCAGGCCCCUGGUGACUAUCAUCGCGGAUACACUGGCGUGGUACGGCAAGGAUGAGCAUGGCGGACGUGUGCACGACUUGCUCGGCACGCGAUGUGACCCGUAUAUCAACAGCAUCCUUAGCGGAGGAAGCUACGAUUUCCAGUGCCAUUCGAACCUCACUCGUGCUGUGAUUCCAUACGGACUUAAUGAGAGCGAUGUUCAUGAUGUUAUCAACAUCUUCCAGUCAACGGGCCUGGAUGAGCAGGGACGGUACUUCAUGAACCCCUGCCCGGCGGGGCCUGGGGACUACAUUGAAUUCCUGGCUGAGCAGGAUGUCCUCAUGGCUUUGAGUACUUGCCCUGGAGGUGACUUGUCGCUGUGGGGUUUCGGCGAGGAUAGUGAGGAGGAGAUGAUCAAAUGCUGCAGGCCGCUCAAAGUUGAAGUAUUCAAGAUUGAGGACGAGGGAUUACUACAGCGUGGCGGAUGGAAGCCUGCGGAGGUUUCGCCUUACAAGGGAAGGCACGGAAUGAACAUUCCCCUAGGGGAGGUCCGCAGCUAA